CAAAGGUGCCAUCCUCGCCAGGACAAUCUACCGGUUUCCUUCAGUGUCCUCUCUGGGUUCAUCUCAUCUCUGCAUUAAUCCACCAUGUCGUGCUCUCUCCGUACGUCAUCCUGCCACGGUCCCAAGACCAUGACCUCAAAAUCCAUAGUUACUCCAAUUAGCUAUGGUACAAUAACUACCUGUACACCUAAAGCCUACAGUGUGUGUGGCUAUGAUUUUGGAGGAAACUCUCGCAUCUCUUCCUCCUGUUAUCGCAGCGUUGGUUGCUAUCCAGAUCUGCGUUGCAAAAUUGGUGGAGGACUUGGACGUCAUGGCAAACUGAACAAUGGAGGAUUGGGAAUCAUGUUUGGGAACUGUGACUACAUCCAUCUGAAUGAGAAGACCACCAUGCAGAGCCUGAACGAUCGUCUGGCAUCCUACCUGGAGAAGGUGCGCUGCCUGGAGGCUGCAAAUGCCACUCUGGAGAGGCAGAUCCGCGAGUACUAUGAGAAGAAGGCGCCGAUCUGCCAGAGGGACUGCAGCGCCUACUGGAACACCAUCGAUUGCCUGAAGGAAAAGAUUGGAGCUGCUACCAUCCACAACGCCAACAUCCUCCUGCAGAUCGACAACUCUAAACUGGCUGCUGAUGACUUCAGGAUUAAAUUUGAGCAUGAGUUAGCAGUGCGGCAGUCUGUGGAGGCUGACAUCGCCAACCUGCGUCGCUUGCUGGACCACAUGACCCUGACAAAGGCCAACCUGGAGAUCCAGAUUGAGACUCUGCUGGAAGAUCUAGCGUGUUUGAAGAAGAACUAUAAGGAGGAUAUUGAAGCACUACUGUGUCAGUUGACAAACACCAAAGUGUGUGUGGAAGUGGAUGCUGCUCCUCAGCAAGACCUGAACAAGGUUUUGGACGAAAUCCGUUGUCAUUACGAGACCAUCAUAGAUAAACACCGCAGAGAACAUGAGUGCUGGUUCAAAGAGAAGACGGCACAACUGUGCAAAGAAGUGGCCAGCCACACAGAGUGCCUAGAAACCUCUAGGUCACAGAUCUCAGAUUUGCGGCGUACCUUGCAGUGUCUGGAGAUCGAGCUGCAGUCUCAGAUCAGCAUGAAAGGAGCACUGGAGUGCUCACUGUUGGAAACAGAGGCUAGGUACAGCGCUAUGCUAGCAGGCUUUCAGAAGCAUAUCAACUCAUUGGAGGCAGAGCUUUGUCAGGUGCGCUCUGGCAUUGAGCAGCAGGGCAGAGACUAUGCUGUACUGCUGGACAUCAAGAGCCGUCUGGAGCAGGAGAUCGCCACUUACAGGUGCCUCCUGGAAAAUCAGGGCGUUCAGUAAGUUCAUCUUUUUAUUUCAAACAACUGAACAACACAAGGAUGGGGAAAUGGGUGUUGGGUGAUGUUUUCUUCUGAAAAAAAGGACUUCACUAAUGGACUAAUCUUUUCCCGCUCUUAUAGGACUCAAGGACAGGGUAAAUAAAAUCUCUCUUAUUUUGUUACUGUGGGGGUGAUUUGGGUCAGCUUCCGAUUGUAUGUUAUUUAUUAAUAUCUCUUUUUAUUUCCCUUUCAGGUGAGGUGUUUGUGUGUACAACGCCAGUCUAGUCAAAUGUAAACAAGUCAUAUGAACAACACCAAAUGUAAACACAGAACAUAAUGAGGUUGUAAUGCAACAGUAGCAUUCUGUAUUGACUGUCUUACAAUUCAAAAUUAAAGUUGAGAAGCA